AUGGCUCUCGUGCUCUCAACAAGCCUAACUUCGCCAUCCUCAGACCAACCUCCUUCUAGGGAGGAAGACGACCAGGUUAACAGAAGUGCCAAAAAGAUUAAAGGGGGAAAUACGACGGUGAAUAGCAUCCAGAGUUGGCCCACCUUAAGUGACAGUUAUAGAGAUGCAGCAAAUAAGAAGGUCUCGUUUGCUCAAAAGCUGAAAGGAGUUUCAGACACAGACAGAGGAAGGGAGACGCAGACUAAAAGCAUAGAGUUAGACUCUGAGGAGGAAAAGGAUGAUGAGACGGAAGGAUUGGAGGAGGAAGAGAAUGAUUUCCAAGUGAUUGAGAAUCCGAAGAGGAACUCUCCUACUUUUGUCUUCUCCAAAAAAAUGAAGAGGAAGUUUUACAGAGCAUGGAAAAGGUCUGUUAUUGUCAAAUUGCUGGGACGUUCGAUUGGUUUCAAGGCUCUUGAAGGAAGACUCCAGACAAUGUGGGCAAGAAGAGGAGUCAUUUCUUUGAUUGAUAUUGGCCAUGGAUUUUUCAUUGUCAAACUCUCAAACAAACAGGUCUAUUUGGAAGCUCUCACAGGGGGUCCCUGGAUGGUGUAUGACCAUUAUUUAACAGUUCGACCCUGGGAACCAAAUUUCAAAGCUGCUACAGCUACAAUUGAUAAAGUGGCUGUAUGGGUGCGCUUUCCAAAUGUGUUCACGGAAUACUAUGACAUAGAAGCUCUUUCUCUCAUGGGUGAUAGAAUUGGUAAAACUUUGAAAAUUGACCUCAAUACUGCCUCUCAUCUUAGAGGGCAUUACGCUAGAGUAUGCGUCCUUGUGGAUCUCAGUAAGCAGCUCAUGUCUGGGUUUCACUUGGAUGGAGAAGACUAUUAUUUGCAAUAUGAGGGCUUACACCUUCUAUGUACGAGGUGUGGAAACUAUGGUCACACGGCAGAGGAAUGUAAGAUAAAGAGUAAGGAGCAAAUGCCAUCUGCGCCAGUUGAUGAAAAUAUGGCGACCACGAGUCGUGAACAAGCAAAGGAAAAGAUGAAGAUGCAUCAGGAUGAGGAUUCAUGGUCGGUGGUUCAAAAACCACGCCGGCAACGAAAACAGAGAGAAAAGCAGCAGGAACAGAGUCGGAGCGCCAAACCGAAUUCACGGUUUGGGAUCCUAGUUGACGUGGAGGAGAGAGAACAUAUAGUAAAUGCCGUGGAGGAGGGAGAAGCAGAACAAGAGCAUAAUCAAGAACGCACUACUCUGAAAAGAAAUAAUACGGCAAAACAGAGGAGAGGUCGUAGGAACAGUACGGGGAAAGGACAGAGUAGUGGGCAUUUGGAAGACAAUUAUGGUGGAGGCAUAUCGGGAGUCAAGGUGGGAGAAAGGCAAAAGGAGACAAAAAGAGCUGAUAAGAGAGCACGUGAGGAAGUAAAGGAGGGGGAAGAAGAGAAGGCACGUGAGGAUUUUUGUAGAAAAGAGGAUUUGAUUGACCCACUGAAUAGUCACAAAAAGCAACCAUUAUUAUUAAUGGGCCCAAGCCAUUCUCACCUUGAUAAUGAUCAGACCCAAUUACCAUCUACAAGAGUCGAAUCCACUAUGAUGCUACCUCUUGAGGGAGUUGGUCCAGGAGACACUCGUAUGGAUGAGGGUAUAGGGGAACCAAUAGUCAAUAGUGCACAAGUGGACCUUGAUUUAGAAAGCCCAAUGGAAAUCAUGAAGAGUGGACAUGAGGGGGGCUUGUGGAAAGGACCUCCUACCAAACUUGAAGUGCCUAGUGAUGGACGCUCGGGUGGUCUUGUCAUUAUGUGGGAUGAAGACCGAAGCCAUAUCAGAAUUCUGGAGCAAGAUCAGCAAUUUUUUCACCUAAGCUGGGAAUACAAUCAACGAAAAUUAUUCUUGACAGCUGUCUACGCAGUACCGCACUCAAACCAUAGGCAAGCUCUAUGGAAUAAAUUGAAGCUUCUCUCACUCAACUUAUCAGAACCGUGGAUCGUUUGUGGCGAUUUCAACGAUAUCCUCAACAGUGAUGAGAGGUUAGGGGGUGCUGGUGUAAAUCAAGGGCGGCUAAACUGGUUCAAGAACCAGAUUGAUGACUGCAGCUUAUCUGAUUUGGGAGCCGUGGGACCAAGAUUCACUUGGAAAGGUCCGAUUAUUCAAGGAUACAGGAGGCUCUUUGAAAGAUUGGACCGCGGGUUAGUGAUGUGGAUGACUCAUGAGGAUUUUCAAAAAUUCUUGAGCACUAGUUGGAGCAAUCCAGGUGACCUUGAAACCAAACUUCAACAGUUUUCUAUAGCUGCUGCAUCUUGGAAUCGUGAUGUUUUUGGAAUGGUUGAGAAAAGGAAGAGAAGAAUUAUGGCAAGAUUGGAGGGAAUCCAGAAAUCAAAUUCAUACCCUUACUCAUCCUUUUUGCAAAACUUGGAGAUGGAACUGCAAACAGAAUUAGAAGCUGUAUUAACUCAAGAAGAGCUAAAAUGGUUUCAAAAAUCUCGUGGAGAGUGGGUCAAUAAAGGAGAUCGCAAUACUCGGUUUUACCAUUUGAAGACGACAAUUACCAGAAGAAGGAAUCGUAUAGUUGCUUUAAAGGAUAGCAACAAUGAUUGGGUUUCCAACGACAAAGACCUUACUGUUAUGGUGGUUGAUUUUUUCAAAAAGCUCUUCACGGAAGAAAAUCAGGUUCAUUCUAGUCUUGAUACCUCUAAUUGUUUCCCAUAUCUGGAUGAUUUUAAUUACUCUAAGCUUGCUCAAUUACCAAGUGAGGAUGAGAUUAAGAAAGCAAUGUUUUCUAUGGGCCCUUAUAAAGCCCCUGGAGUAGAUGGAUUUCCUCCAAUAUUUUUUCAAGCCAAUUGGAGAACAAUUGGAAUUGAAGUUUGCAGAUUUGUUCGAGGUUUUUUUGAUGGAUCUGUCUCAAUCAAGGAAGCAAACAAAACUCUAAUUUCUCUGAUUCCCAAGUGUGCAACCCCUGAAUACGUCACUCAUUUCCGUCCUAUUUCACUAUGUACUGUGCAUUAUAAAUGUGUGACAAAAAUUCUGACUUACAGGCUAAAAAGUAUCCUUGAUCGUGUUAUAUCUCCAUUUCAAACAAGUUUCAUCCCAGGGAGACAUAUACAAGACAAUAUUAUCAUCGGGCAAGAAAUCCUUCACCAAAUGGAUAAAGCUAGGGGCAAGAGAGGAUGGGUUGCAAUGAAGAUUGAUUUAGAAAAAGCCUAUGACCGCAUGUCUUGGGCUUUUAUACACCAAACUUUACUCCUAGCGGGAUUACAGGGCCGUAUCUGCGAGCUUAUUAUGGACUGCAUAACUUCUGUCUCAGUUAAUGUGCUGUGGAAUGGCUCAAAGACAGAAUUCUCUUGCACUCAAAGAGGGCUUAGACAAGGUGACCCAAUAUCACCUUACAUCUUUGUCCUAUGCAUGGAUCGUUUGUCUCAUCUUAUAUCUGAUAUGGUAGAAGAGGGACGGUGGAGACCUAUAGGGCUUACCCGAGAGGGACCUUUUAUAUCCCACUUGAUGUUCGCAGAUGAUCUUUUAUUUUUUGGAGAAGCUACCAAACAGCAGGUGCAAUGCAUGCUUGAUUGCCUUAAUUCAUUCUGUUCUGCUUCAGGAGAAAAGGUGAAUUUGGGAAAAUCUUCUAUUUUCUUUUCCCGUAAUGUCAAGCCCCAAGUAAGAAGUAGCCUUCGUAACAUUUCAGGAAUGAAAAAUGUAAACGAUAUUGAAGUAUAUCUUGGAAUGCCAAUGACAAGGAGUAGGAGAACUACAGAGAAAUUCAGAUAUAUUGUGGAAAAAGUGAAGGACAAACUAGCUACUUGGAAAAUGAACUGUCUUUCGCUUGCAGGAAGAAUUACACUGGCAAAAUCAGUGUUAAGCACAAUUCCAUUGUACCCAAUGCAAGUAGCAAAACUACCUGUAACCAUUUGCAAUGAAGUUGAAAAGUUACAGAGGGGAUUCAUAUGGGAUGACUUACAAGAAAGGAAAGCUCAUCCAAUAGGGUGGGAUAAGAUCUGUUUACCGAAGAAUGUUGGUGGCUUAGGCUUCAGGAAACUUUCUUCCAUGAACAAGGCAUGUGGUGUGAAAAUAGCUUGGAAGUUGAAGAGUGAAAGUACUAGGCUCUGGGCUGAUGUCCUGAGACAUAAAUAUAUAUAUUCCAGGACUGGAUGUGAAUGGGAGGCAAAAGCUACAGACUCUAGACUAUGGCACUUUAUAUGUCAACAACAGCAAAUUUUAAACCAAGGCAUUUGCUGGCAAAUUCGUAAUGGCUGCACUGUUAAAUUCUUUACUGAUGCUUGGCUGAAACCUUUCUUUUUCCUUAAGGAUGUUUGUAUGAGGCAUGUUUCUGAUAUAGAACUAGAAUCUGUGGUGGCUACAUGGGUUUCAAAUGGACAGUGGGACUACAAUCGUUUGAGUAGCAUUCUUCCUCCUGAUAUUAUUAAUAUGCUUAUUGCAAAAUGUCCUCCUAAUGAGGUAUUGGGGGAUGAUAUCUUAAUAUGGGGAGGAAAUAAUUCUGGACAAUUCAAAAUUAAAGAUGCUUAUUGGAUGAUUGAAGACAAAGGAAACUCACCUAUUUCCCGUGUCUUUGAUGUUAUAUGGAAGUGGAAGGGGGUGGAAAGAAUUAGAGUCUUCCUUUGGCUCAUGGUACAGGAUAGGCUUCCUACAAAUGAGAGACGCAGCAGAUGGAGUUUAACCAGUCCCAAUUGUCCAUGGUGUUGCGAUUCUGUCGAGACUAUUACUCAUAUAUUGCGGGAUUGCAGAUAUGCAAAACAGCUAUGGGAGGAGUUGGUUCAUCCUAGAUGGAAAAGGCAUUUCUUCUCAAAGAAUCUCACUGAAUGGGUUCAUUUUAAUCUUAAAAAAGAGAUUGGCUUGAAUGAGGAAGCAUCAUGGUCACAGUUAUGGGGAGUUGCUACUUGGAAGCUAUGGAACUGGUGCAAUCUUCAUGCCUUCCAACCAGGUUUUAUCAAACCUGAAGAUCCAAUGAGAGUGAUUCUAAAUUUAUACAAGAGUUAUACUUUUGAGCCCACUGUUUAUCCUAUCAAUAGUUUUGGUGCAGUAACUUAUCCCAUUAAAUGGAGGAGACCGGGAGAGGAUUGGAUAAAAUGCAAUGUGGAUGGGGCUGUUAAUACUAUUUCUGGACAAGCAGCUUGUGGAGGUGUUCUACGGAAUAGCCAAGGAGAAUGGAUAGCUGGAUUCUCUAAAUAUCUGGGGAAAUGCUCAGCUAUAGAAGCAGAGGAGUGGGCUAUUCUAUCCGGUAUGAACAUUGCAUGGGAUCUGGGGGCUACGGAAGAUCAUUGUUGA